AUGAACAAGCGCGGGAAGAGAAACAUUGGCAUGAUAAGGCUGGGGAGAUGCGUCGCAUUUUUAGCAGCCGCAGCGUUUUUGUUACCGUUCACUAUUCUUUUAAUGGUAGCUGAUCAGCAAUAUAAUCUCACCUACAAUUCGAAACGAGUGUUCUACCAGGAGAGUGACUUCUAUAAAAUAAAUGGAACGAUAUACGCUCCAGUAACGACACCUUUUUUUCGGACGCAGUUCGUAUUUGAGAACGGCUCACGCGAUGACGGACUUCUAUCACGAGAGAAGUUUCUGGAAGUGGGAGCCAGGAUGGACGCAAGACGAAAUUAUUUGCGGAGCGAGUGUUCCAGACUCGGUCUGGAUAAGUCUAGUCAGAAGGCGUACGCUUGGGAAUACCUGAUCAAUCGACAACACCAUGUCAUAUGGUGCAACAUCUUCAAAGCAGCGUCAACGUCUUGGAUGUACAAUUUCAAUUUGAUGGCGAACUACACCGCGGCGUUCCUGAACAGAACGAAAGAGGUGCCCUUAGAGCUCGCUAGGAAACGAUACGCGAGGCCCACCGUGGAGAUGAUUAGGAAAGCGCAGGGGGAUUCGAUCACGUUCCUAAUAGUCAGACACCCGUUAGAGCGGUUGGCCUCCGCGUACAAUGACAAAAUCGUUCACGCUUGGCCGAAGUCGUUUCAUGACAAAAUGGGGCGUAGGAUCAUCAAGAAGUACAGGAAGCCAACAGAUUCAAAACCGACCCCUAACGAGAGGUAUCCAGUAUUCGAAGAGUUUGUAGCUUAUGUACUUGAUGAAGCUAAAGCUAAACGAACCCUGGACAUGCAUUGGACUCCAUAUACGAGCUUCUGCACGCCCUGCAAGUUCAAUUUCGAUGUCAUCCUAAAAUUUGAAACCCUUGACGAAGACCAAAGGUUUUUGAUUCAAAUGGCGCGGCUUCAAGACAUCAUUAAGCCAGAAUGGCGGAACAGUGGCAAGGGAACCAACACGUUGCAUAACAUUAAUCAUCUUUAUUCGAGACUUACGAAGUCACAGCUAGACGGCCUUUAUAACUUGUACAAGUAUGAUUUCCAGCUCUUCAAUUACACAAUUAAUAAUUACUACGACAUCAUACAAACAGAGGGCACCGCUCGUGGCUGA